AUGUUACAACAUCAGAAACAUCAACAUCAUCAACAACAUCUUCUUCAACAAAAUGAGCAGUUGGAACCUUCGCAACAACAAAAUCAACAACAACAACAAAAGAAACUUUUUGCUUAUGAAAUGAAUCAAUUGGACGGAUCACGUUCGGCCCAUCUUGGGCCACUUUUUAAUAAUAACCAUCAUUACAACAAGAACAACAACCUGAUGUACAACGGCAAUUAUACAAACAAACCAACAGACAGUUCUAUCACUACUCCUCUUCUCACAACUCCUUUAAACAAGCACAACAUCCAAAACAACAACAGCCACAGCAUUAACAAAAGCAACAUCUACGAUAAUUCCAACAGCGACUACAACAACAAUCACAGCAAUUAUAACAGUAAUAACAACAUCCACACCAACAAACACAGCAUCAAUUACAACAACAACAACCAUAACUUAAGCAACAUCAACAGCAACCUUAACCAUACCGACAACAACAUUACAACGAGCAACAAUACAAACAACAACAAUACAACCAGCAACAAAGGCAGCAAUAACCAAAAUGUCAUCACUGGAAAUUUUUUCAAAAAUUCAACAAAUAUUACUAGCUAUGGCGGUAUAAAACCAGCGGCUCCACGAGAAAAUGAACGUUAUCAACAACAACAAAAUCAUCAUCAACAACAACACCAACAACAACACCAACAACUUUUACACCAGCAACAACAACAGCAUCGCUCCACAUUCAAUCUGCACGCGUUCAGAUACCAUCCAACGAACUUCAACGCUAAACAUCUUAUCAGCCAUUAUAACGCUUAUCAUUAUUCUUACAAUAACAACAACAACAUCAAUAAUAAUAAUAACAAAAAUAACAAUAAUGAUAAUACAAACUCACAUAACAAAGCUGAUGAUUAUGAGACGUCGUUGAGCAACGAGACACUCUUGCCUAGCAACAAUAUCAGCAGUCACUUUUUAGUUGUCAACAACACCAGGCGAGGUACAUUCAAUGCAUUGAAGAACAACAAUAACCACAACAGAAACAACAUCGACAACUUUAAACAUUAUUUCAACAAUAACAACAAAGAAAUCGAAAACAGAGACAACAAAGAGGCGAACUCCGACAACAAUCAGACGGCAGGCAAUGAAAGGAACGAAAUAGAAAUGUUGACCGCAGCAAGGAACUAUUUCGUUUGGCCCACUGAUCCGAUACAACUUGAAUGUACUUUUCGAGCGCACGAAUACAACCCAUUUCAUUCUCCGCCGAUCUGGGUCAAAGGUCAAGAGAUGGAUCGUACGCAAGUGAACAUGGCGAGCAGUUUGAGGUCACCAUUUCUGGAUCACCAGGACAGGAUGGAGGUGAUGUUCUACAAGAAGGAAAAUAAUGAUGAGGAGAAUGACGGUGACGACAAUGACGAUGAUGGUGAAAAUGAUGACGCUGAUGGUGAAGAUGAUGAUGCAAAUGAUGACAGCCGUGAGAAACACGCUGAUGUUGGACGGAAGGGUGUCGAUGGAACUGAUGGAGAUGUUUUUACGUUUAAAUUAAUUAUAUCAAGUUGCAUAGAAGAGGAUGCUGGCAACUACACGUGCGAGAUCAAAUCAGCCGGACAUGACGUCAGAGCUUCCGUCACCCACCAAGUAUUCAUCAUGGUUGUUUUUGUGAUAGCACUUGACAGUGAAAUAAAAAGUUAUUACUGGAGAAUGUUUCGAUUGGAGUCUUUUUUGGCCUUCAUAAGCCACUUUGGAAAUUUAUACGUCUUGAAAUUGAAAUCUGAUCGAAAAAAAGUUGAAGCACAGCCAAGCAAAAUAAUUCAUCAACGUGCUAUGCGAUGCGAAUGUGUGAAUGCGUAA